GCGUGCCCGCUUCCGCCAUGCUACGCUGCCCCGGGCGCUCCCUGCCGCGGUCCGGGCAUUCCCGCAGGGCCGCCGGGGUCCGGGGAAGCUUCUGCGGGGGCUCGCGUAGCGCGGGGUGGGGAGAGCGGUAGGGCCCGGUGCGCGCCGGGGGCAGGCGAGCGGGCGGGCGCUGGAUUCUUUGGAUCGCGGACGUCGUGGGCGAAUAAAACAGGCGGGCGGGCGGUUGCGCUGUUCCUGCCGCGGGGGGCGCGGAGCGGAGCCGCCGCCGGGCCUGGCGCAGAUGGAGCCCCGCAGCAGCGGCGUCGCGCCCGGCGGAGUGUCGGUGUCGGCCGUGCUGCCGGCGGGCGGGAGCGGGGAGCGCCUGGGCGGUGCCACCCCCAAGCAGUUCUGCGCCGUGCAGGGGAGGCCUCUCGUCAGCUACGCGGUGCGGGCCAUGGAGAGGAUAAAUUGGAUAUCUGACAUUAUUGUGGUGGUCUCUCCUGAAAAUAUCGAAACAAUGAAGACUAUCAUUGAAAAAUAUGGCCAUAAAAGAGUUACAGUAGUAAAAGGUGGAAUAACUCGUCACCGGUCAAUAUUCAAUGGACUCAAAGCAUUUGCAGAGGAUGAAUUUUCCUGCCAUUUGCUCCAGAAGCCAGAAGUAGUGAUUAUCCAUGAUGCUGUGAGGCCUUUUGUUGAAGAAGAUAUUGUUUCAAAAGUGGUUAUGGCUGCUAAAGAACAUGGGGCAGCAGGAGCAAUCCGUCCUUUAGUUUCUACGGUUAUUGCCUCUGCUGCUGAUGGCUGCUUGGACCACUCACUGGAACGUGCCAGGUACAGAGCGAGUGAAAUGCCUCAGGCUUUCUUGUUUGAUAUAAUCUAUGAAGCAUACCAACAGUGUACUGACUAUGACCUAGAUUAUGGAACAGAAUGUUUGCAUCUGGCUCUGAAAUACUGUAAAACAAAUGCCAAACUUGUUGAAGGAACAGCUGAUCUUUGGAAGGUGACCUACAAGCGGGAUCUGUAUGCAGCUGAAUCAAUCAUUAAGGACAACCUAUCACAACAAGUUUGUGUUAUCACCAGCAUGAAGGAAACUCUUGGACAAGUAGGUUUUCUCCUUCCUGAAUCUCUGAAAAGCCAAAUAAAAGUUGAAGCUAUUUCAAUAUCUUUGAGCAAAAAUGAUAGCCGUCUACAAAACAUCAUUUCAGAACAGUGCUACAAUUUUGUUUGUAUAAAUGAUAAAAGAUGUGCCAUUCAAGAAACCCAGGAACUAGUGGAUAUGUUGGAAAAAUCAAAUAUUCCUGUCUUAUAUCCAGUGGUCCUUAUUUCGGUGCACUUGGAUAGUUCAGAAAAUAAUUCUUUCAGCAUUGGGAUGGAAGACCUAACUACAAUCAAGAAAUUUGCAAGAGAAACUAAAAAGAAAAAUAUUUUGGUUUAUGGUCUCCUUAUCCAACAUAAGUGUAAACAUCUAUCUCACAACAUAUACAAGGCAGCUGGUGACUUGCUGGUUUGAUGAACAAUUAUAAGGCUUGUCUGUGAAUAAUCACAGAACCAUUCAGGUUGGAAAAGACCUCCAAGUUCAUUGUUUCGAACCUGUUAUCCAACACCACUUUGUCAACUAGACCCUGGCACUAGGUGCCACAACCAACAGUUUCUUGAAGACCUUCAGUGAUUGUGACUCCACCACCUCCCUGGGCAACUUUGUCCAAUGCCUGACAACCAUUCCUGAAAAUAAAUUCUUCCUGGUCCAACCUGAACCUCCCUUGGCACAGUUUGAGGCCAUUUACUGUUUUCUUGUCACUGGUUGCCUGAGAGAAGAGGCUGACCUCCACGUGGCUACAACCUCUUUCAGGUAGUAGAGAGUGAUAAGCCCCACCUGAGCCUCCUUUUUUCCAGGCUGAACAUCCCCAGCUGCCUCAGCUUCUCCUCACAGGACUUAUGCUCCAGACCCUUCACCAGCUCUGUUCUCUGGACAUGCUUCAGCGCCUCCAUCUUUCUUGUAGUGAGGGGCCCAGAAGCAAACACAGGAUUUAAGGUGUGGCCUCACUUUUGAGGCCACCUCACCACUGGCCUCACCAGUGCCUCACCAACACAGGCAGAGGAAUGCUGCCCUGGUCCUGCUGACCACACUCCUGUGUACAGGCCAGCAUCAAUAAUAACCUAGUAACAAACAGAUAAUGUGUUCUGUCAGGUGUUUGUUAAACACAUGCUGCAUAAAUGCCAUUUCAACUUUGUUGCUAUUGAUAGAAAGUUUUGCUGAAACAUACGCUCCAAUUUAAGCAAGCAGGACUGUGUUUGAUAUGACAUAUAAAAGUAAACACCUCUAUGCAAAAUAAUAUUCUAAAAAUUUUAAGAGAAGUAGGUAAUUCCAAGAGGUGUGUUAAGAAGGCAGUGAAGAUAUAUGUGUGCAGUGAUUUCACUGGUGCACUGAAAUCUGUUAUAUAGCUGAGAACAGUGUUUCUUAGAAAGUAUAAUAAUAAAGUACAUUGUGCUUUUGUAUUGGUAUUUUGCCCGCAGUUUUGUUUUAUAUGGUGGUAAAUGUUGAGUUAUACCUACAGGUUGAUGCCUGUUACAGCACUGUCAGGAUUUUUUUUUUCAGGUUAGAAGGGAUAUCUUGAGCUCUGAGCAAGGAUUUUAAACUGAGGAGUAGGAGAGAAAUCACUAGCCAGUGAAAGCAAGGACAAGUAACCUUGGCAGUGUACAAGGAUGCAGCUUGGAUGUUUAAGGAUGGGAUCAGGAAAGCUAAAGCACAGAUGGAACUGGACUUGACAAGGGAUGUAAAAAAUACUUCCUGAGAAAUGAUUCAGACUUUGAAGUUUGAGGAAACAAGGCAUGCCACAGGAAGACUCAAGUUUCUUUCCUCCAGCAUGUUUGCUUCCUAUUUGAAAACUUCAGACAACUUGGAAGUGCUCUGUUGAAUAUAGAUUGGUAGCAGAGGUUGAGCAGAUUGAACUAGAAAAUAUAUUUUCUUUAAGAAUUGUCUUUGCCUGAGUGGGUAUGAUAGGUACAGCUUGGGAAUAGACUCAAUGAACUCAUACAGUUAUAGAUAAUGCAGCUGGAAUUUUUAGAGCUCCCUUGUUUCCUUGUUAAAAUGAGCUUUUAGGUGGACAGGCAGUAUCUGUGAGUUACAUAUUGUAUGUGUCAUUUAUCUGUUGCUUCACUCUAUACCUUCCAUGAAUUAAGCAACAGUAUCUGGCAGGUGCGUUUCAUUUUCUUAUAUACCCUGUCAUUCAUUUAAUAAAUCUAGGCAUUUAGCAAAUGCAAAUAAGAUUAAUACUAGGUUGACCCUCUCUGAAGCUUAUGGAGCUUCUCAUCGCAAUUAUGCUCAGUUAGGUGUUAGGACUCUUAAAUAUUCAUAUUUAAUUGCUUUACUUUACCUUGGGGGAUAGGUGUAGUAAAUACUGCAAAUGGAGACUUCUAAUGUGCAGAGCCACUCUUUCAUUUACCACAAGGAAGAAUGGAAAUAUUUUCCAAUUUAAAGAUUUUUAAUUUCUUUUAUCUCCAUCCUGUUAUUGGAAUAUUUCAAGUUCUGCUGAAUUCUUACUAGAUAUAUGUAUCUAGAUCUGGGUUUUCAGUUAAUAUUUUUUCUACAUGCGGGUUACAAAAGUUGUAAAAAUAACACAACAGAAUAUAAUUGUAAAAAUACAUUUCCUCUAAGAACUCUCAUUUUUUAAUGUACACUAAACCACUGUAUAUUUGAACUUAAUGCUUUGCACUGUAGAACCUUCUUUGCUACACUGAACUAUCUUUGGAAUCAAGUAGCCUGAAAUUUGAGUUUCCUUAUGUUUGCGUAAUAUACAAAGACUCUGAACAAGUUAAUUAAAUUGAAGACAGAGAAUCACAGGUCUUUAAGAAUAUAUCUGUUACUUAGCCUAUAGAACUUUUACUCAGACACUCAGUAAAUGGAAAAUUGGAAAUAAACCUGCAAGAGAAAGACAAGCAGAAAAUAUAAGGCUGUUUUAAUGAGGAGCUAUAGCAACUGCUCUGAAGUACAAUUCAAUCCAGCCUUCUCUUAGGUAUCAUUUAUAAGAUUUUAAGUCUGUCAGGUUCUAUUGUAAUUUUCAGUUCAUGAGUGACAGCUAGUCAAACAUGUCAACUACUUGAC